GCUGUGCUGGAUGACAGCUAUCCGGCGCCGAAACACCGAUAGACACUCAGACGAAAGAGCCAUGGCGGCCACGGGUGGAGGGAAAAUUAGAAGCAGGAGAUAUCAUAUCGCCUCUAAACCUUACGCCAAGAGUAAACAGCAGCAGUCAGGCCUCAUCAGUCGAGUGACAGACACAGUAAAGAGCAUCGUUCCUUCCUGGCUGCAGAAAUACUUUAAGAAUGAAGAUGCUCCUGAAGGAGGAGAGACUGUACAGGGGCCAAACAGGAACUGCCAGCCACCUCCUCCUCCUAAUGGCAGUGAAGAGGGACCUUCUCCCCUCGAUGGGCGCGACUCUCCAGAGCCUAGCACCAGUAACACAGAGCCCUCAACCAGCCGAGCAUCCCUGAACUUUCAGGAGUAUGUACUCUCUCGACCUCCUCUGAGUCGCUCUCACCUCCACUUUACCCCGCUGGAUCCUUCUGCCCCAACCCUGGGGGCCUCCAGCAGCCUCUUCUCUCAGCCUUCCACCUCCUCAGCUCCUGGGCCUUUUUCUACAGGCUUCUCCUUGGUGAAAGAAAUCAAGGACAACCUCUCACAGCACGAAGAUGAUAACAUCUCCACCACAAGUGGAUUCUCCUCCCGUGCAUCUGACAAAGAUGUCCCCACUUCCAAAGCGGCAUCGCUUCCUCAGCUCUGGUCCCCAGAGACAGACAGAACAAACUGUGGGCCUCAGCCCUCCCAGUCCAGUCAGAAAAAGCCUGCUUUCAACCUGUCUGUCUUUGGAACCUCCUCCAAUUCGACAUUAAACAGCACAGUACUGAGCUCCAGCCAGCUUGGAGAUUCGCCCUUCUACCCCGGGAAGACCACGUAUGGUGGAGCAGCUGCUGUCAGAAGCUCCCGUACUCGCCCUGGAACACCAUACCAGGCUCCAGUGAGGAGACAGAUCAAGGCUAAGCCUGCUGGUGCUCAGCCCUGUGGGGUGACCAGCGCCACAGCCAGACGCAUUCUGCAGUCCUUGGAGCGCAUGUCGAGCCCACUGGCUGAUGCCAAGAGAAUCCCUGCAGCAGCUUCAUCCCCCCUCUCAACAUCGAUGGAUGGCAUAAAUCUAGAUGCUUCACAUCUCACGCCCAAAAAGAAGCGGGUGGAGUCAACCCUCCCACCGGUGCAGAAACUUGUGGUUCCUGCCACAGCAUCAGUGUCAGGAAAUCGCUCUGUGUCCUUCAGGGCCACUUUGACCCCUGGAGGAGUGAGCCGAACUCUGGACAGGGCCACAAGAGAGACGCCGACAAGACAAUCACCGCAGCUACUUGAAGCAACCCCUGGUCCAUCACAAAGGUACAACGUGUCUGCCAGUGCUGAUCAGGCACAGGUUCAAGUCGCUGCUGCGGAUGCCAUCUUUAAGAAACACACAAAGGGUUCCAGUGGUCCGGCCUAUCCUCUGUCCAGCACACCUGCAGCCAGCAGUGUGAGCUCUGGAGGCGGCAAGAUGAAGAGAGAGAGGAGCAGUGCACGACCCUCCUCCAAACACCAGGAAGAUGAUGAGGUGGCUGAAGUGCCAGACCUCCCAACCAUUUCACUUCCCAUCGGCCCAUCUGCCUUGCCCACCUUCAGCUUCUCCUCUCCCCUGCCACCCGUCACCACCUCCACGACCGUUAGCUCCACCCCCAAGACCAUGCCUGUUACUCCUGCUAAGGAAACGGUAACAAAUAAGGAUCCACCAAAGGCCUCAACACCCCCAUGUGUACCUUUUACAUUUUCCUCCCCAAUUGUCAAAGCCACUGCUGCUAGCCCACCUUCCUUUUCCCCUUCUGCUGGAUUUACUUUCAGCGCCCCUGUGACAAAGUUAGGUCCCUCCAUGUCAAAUGGAAAGCUGACCACACCCAUAGCGGCAACAGUGAAGCCAGCAACAAAUAAAAGCACAGAAGACUUUGAAGGACCUUUCAAACCAGCCAAAACCCUGAAGCAGGGCAGCGUGCUGGAUCUUCUCAAAGCACCUGGCUUUGCCUCUCCUGUUGCUCAGAUUUCCCCAAGCUCAGAUGCUGCACCCCAGCAGACGUCUACACAAUCCACUGCCCCCUCCUCCACCUCUACAACCACCUCCUCCCUCGCUGCAUCAACAGGGUUCGGUAGUUUGUUCAAAGCCUCAACAGACUGGAGCUGUGAUGUCUGCCUGGUUCAGAACAAGUCAUCAGAUACAAAGUGUGUUUGCUGUGCAGCCCCGCAGCCUAACUCAUCCAAAUCCAUAGACAGUAAACCAUCCCUUGCCACCUCAGUUGGGCAGGAGAACAGCAGCAGCAGCACCAACACCACCUCCACCACUACAACCACAACAGGUUUUGGCACAAUGUUUUCCAAACCUGCAGGAACCUGGGACUGUGAUACUUGUCUUGUUCUAAACAAACCUGAUGCAGUAAAGUGUGUGGCCUGUGAAACGGCCAAACCCGGGACAGGCCUCAAACCCUCUCUGACUCUUCCUUCUGCCUUCUCAGCUGUAAAGACUGUAUCUGCCCCUGCAGCUCCUGUUUCUACAGGAUUCAGUGGAUUUGGAGACAAAUUCAAAAAACCUGAGGGUGCAUGGGAAUGUGAUACAUGUAUGGUACAGAACAAGGCAGAGGAUACUAAGUGUGUGGCCUGCACGAAUCCUAAACCAGGAGCUUCAGCAGGAGCCUCUUCAACGGCCAGCAGUGCCCCAGUGUUUGGACUUGGAGACAAGUUCAAGAAGCCAGAGGGAACCUGGGAUUGUGAUGUCUGUCUUCUACAGAAUAAAGCUGCUGAUUUGCAGUGUGUUGCCUGUCAGGCAGCCAAACCUGGAGCUAAUGUGGAGCCCAAGGCCUUUGGUUCUUCCGGUUCCUCAGCUGGUGCGACUUCAGGCUCGUCUACUUUUGGCUCUUCUACCUCUAGUUCUGGAGGCUUUAAGUUUGGCACAUCAGACAGUACUUCGGGAUCUGGAUCUGGAGGUUUCAAAUUUGGGGGCUCACUUUCAGAAUCUUCUUCUGCUUCAUCAGGUGGAUUUAAAUUUGGAGUCUCAUUUGGAAGCUCCUCAUCAGAAGCCACUUCUAAAGACACUACUGCCUCAUCAGGGUUCAAAUUCGGCAGCUCGUCUGAGGGCUUUAAAUUUGGGGCUGCCUCUAGUGAUGACAAAAAGUCAGACCAGCCUGCUGCAGGUUCUGGGUUUAAGUUUGGAGUAAGCGGUGGGAUAGCAUUUGGAACUGGAUCAUCUAGCACAGAAAGUAACUCUUCUAAAAGUGGUUUCACCUUUGGACUUUCAAAACCUGAGGAGAAAACAUCAGAUGCCACCACAACCUCCUCAUCCACUGUUACUUUUACUCCUCCUUCGUCUCAAGAAAAGAGUGACAGUGUGGCAUCAACAAACACCAACUUAACCACCACAACAACAACCACAAUUGGAUCUGUGUUUGGGAGACUGGGUGAGCCAGUCUCACCACAAGCGGCUUCUACAUUUGGAUCCUUACAGCCAGGGAAAGAGCCUGCUGCUCCCACCUUUACCUUUGGGAAGCCAGAAGAAAAGAAGGAAGCAGUUGCCUCCUCGGCUCCAUCUUCCUUCCUUUUUGGUGGUGCUAGUAAGGAUGCAGAUUCUGCACCAGUACCAGCCGCCACAGGAGGUUUUUCCUUCGGCAAACCCAGCGCUCCAGCAGAACAACCUCCACCGGCUUUCACUUUUGGCAAGCCAGCAGACAAGAGCGAAACUUCCACUUCAGAGGCCCCAAAGGCCUCCUUCACUUUUGGACAAAGUGCUGCAGAUUCUUCUGCUGCUGCUCCAAAACCAGCAUUUUCAUUUAUGACUAGUAAUCCCACCAACGCCACAAACUCCACAACGUCAUCGUCCUCUACCCCGACUCCCAGUCUGUUCGGCACCACCACCGUCACCACCACCAGCAGCAGCAGCAGCAGCUCCACACCGGCUCCAGCUCCUUCUGCAGCUCCCAGUACUUUCAUGUUCGGUCAGUCUGCUGCAGCCUCCAGCGACGCUCCUCCAGCUAAAACGUUCCUCUUUGGCCAGAGUCAGGACAGCCAGCCACCGGCCCCGUCAGCUGCUCCUCUGAACUCAGCCCCAGCCCCAGCUCCAGCUCAGCCCUUCAUCUUUGGCGCUCCUGCCAAUGCUGCUCCUCCUCCUGCUGCUGCUCCCUCCUUCGGUUUUGGAGCAACAGCGCCCUCUGCUGCCUCUUCAUCAGCAGCUGCAUCUACAGCUCCCUCCCCGUUUGCAUUCAGCUCAGCCCCCUCCGCUGGGUUUGGAGCCAACCAGACUCCUUCAUUCGGGUCCUCCUUUGGGUCCCCUUUCCCAGCCACACCUUCUCAGGCCCCGGCCUUUGGGGCCAAACCCAGUGCUGCCCCUGUCUUUGGACAGCAGACCAACUCCACGCCUGUAUUUGGGGCGGCUGCUAAUGCUGCACCAGGUGGAGGAUUUCAGUUUGGAGGAUCCGGUGGAUUUGGAGCCACGAACAACGCCUCAGGUGUGUUUACCUUUGGAGCCGGAUCAGCUGCCUCUCCUGCCCCCCCUGCCAACCCUUCCAUGGCACCCCAGUCUGGAGCCCCUGGAGGUGGAUUCAACUUCACACAACCCCCGACAUUCAAUAUUGGGUCGACUAAAUCCUUCACUGCCUCUCCAGCUGGACAGCAACCAAUCGCUGGGCGCAAGAUCAAGACAGCAGUGCGGCGCAGAAAGUAGAGCCCCGCGGCUUUGGAUAAGAAAGUAGACUUGACUUGGACUUGACUGUAACCCCACUGAAGGAUGAAUGAGGUCCUGGAGGGUCUCGACUGGACAAACACUGAAAUUGCUUGGCUCGUGGAGAAGGAACAAGGCUCAGGCGCCACUUUGUGCUUGUGUUGGACAGGCGGCCUUGCGUUAGCUGAAGGCUCGGCUGAUUAUUCAGAGGUUGUCACGUGUAGACCAGAGCUGACUUCACAUAAAUACAAAACCUUCGACUGAACGACGACUCUGACUUAGAAACCAACAAUCAAGCAAAGACCCCAUGCUCGAAAUGAAAAACAAGCAAGACAGU